AUGGGCUUUGAAUUAAGUUUUGGGGCUUUGUUUACAGAGCCAAAGGUUUGGUUCAGAGCUGGCGUUGAUAUUCUCUGGUUUUCUUCUGGGGAUGGGUCAAAAGUUGUGAGGAACGGUGCAGAUGAGAGGGAGCCGGGAGGUUCAACAGAGGGGUUGGAGGAGUGUAAACGGUUUAUUCAGGUUGUGACGCUUGUCGACCCUCACUCUCUCAGUAAAGUUCGGCAUCUUGCGGUUGAAGAUGGGUUCUUCGGUUCGUAUAUGCAGGAUUUAUCGUCGUCUGCGGCUCGGACACAGGGAUGUGGGGUGCUAGACGAGGAUUGGAGAAUGCUGCAAUUCUGGGAGUCGAUAAAGAGGAAGUUUGCGGGCUUGGAAGAGGUUACUUUUUACUUGGGGAGCGGUGAGGGAGUCAAGAUGGAUCGUGGGGGGAGGAGACCAUCGUUUCCCGGGCUGUUUUUGCCAGUUGAGUGGUUGAGGGAGAGGGAGUGCAAGGAGAGAAUCAGGAGGCUGCAGGAGAGACUUGAGAAUGCUGUGGGUUUUGUUGGUAGGCAAGGCAUUGGUGGCGAUGGCUUUGACAAAUGGACGGCUCCCCGCUGGAGGAUUGAGGAGGAGGAGACUGGGUGGGGUGCUGGUUGA